AUGGGACGAACUGCGCUGACGAAAACCAGCAGUGGCUAUGGGCUCUACACGCAGGUCAAUCUCUCCCCGGGUCUGCCCCCAAAGGGCCUGAUGGCACCUCCAAAGCCGAAAGGUUUCACCCUGUUACUCAUCUCCACUGUCUACGUGGUCACUCUUGGUCCUCUCCUCUUUGGCUACCACUUGGGAGAACUCAAUGCCCCUCAGAAGGUCAUUACCUGCCAAGUCGACCAACUCCCCGGAUAUGUAGCCCUCGGACUUCCUCAAUGCAUUCCCAUGAACGACUUCCAAUGGGGUAUGGUGCAGUCCAUGUUUACCGUCGGAGGUCUCUUCGGAGCCCUCUUCAGCGGUGCCGUCGCGACAAGGUUCGGUCGAUUGUUUGCGUUGAGGUUGGCAACCUUUUUCCUGGCUGGCGGACCUGUUGCUGAAGCACUGGCGGGUAAACUAUGGCUGCUGGCCCUGGGUCGUGCACUCUCUGGAUUGGGAGCCGGGGCAGCUACUGUCGUCUCUCCCAUCUAUAUCUCUGAAGUGGCGCCCCCAAAGCGCCGUGGCCUCUUCGGAGCCUUCACUCAGGUCCAGAUCAAUUCUGGCAUCGUUGUCGCCCAGCUCCUCGGGUAUUUCUUGUCCAAAUACAACAAAUGGCGCUGGGUGCUGGCCACGGGCGGUUUCAUUGCCGGCCUCAUGUUUGUGGGCCUCUUUUUCACGCCAGAAACUCCCAAAUGGCUUGCGGCAAACAAUCGACCGCGAAUGGCCCGAGGAAUCCUGCAGCGCCUCAGAGGGAAAACGGCGGAUAUUCGAGAGGAGAUGGAGGGCUGGGACAUGUCGGGAGAAGCAGAAGAGGAAAGUCUCCUCGCGUCCCCGAGAGGUGCGCGGCCACUCAAAGAAGCAUCCCGAUCUAUCAUUGCAGUCGUCAAAAUGCCCAAGUAUCGACAACCCUUGAUCGCCGUGACGGGUACCAUGAUUGCUCAACAGCUCUGUGGUAUCAACAGCGUCGUCAUGUACAGCGUCGCCAUUCUGGGCAAGGUCAUGCCCAAGCAAGCUGGCCUCGUUACGGUCAUUGUCUCAAGUGUAAAUGUGGUGGUGACAAUCUUGGCAGCGCCCUUGCCUGACAAGAUUGGCCGAAAACCCUGCCUCCUGAUUUCGAUUAUAGGGAUGGGUGCGGCAUCAGGGAUGUUGUACGCCGGGCUCGCAAAGCACAUUCAAGCCCUCACGAUCGCUGCCGUUGCCCUAUUCGUGGCCAGUUUUGGUGUUGGGCUUGGCCCGAUUCCGUUCAUCUUAGCAAGCGAACUUGUCGGACCUGAAGCCGUUGGAGCUGUCUCUAGCUGGGCUCUUGCAGCCAACUGGCUAUCAACAUUCUUGGUGGCCAUGUUCUUCCCUGUCUUGAACAAGGUCCUUAUGCACAACGUGUGGUGGAUUUUCCCCGCGUCAACCAUUGCCCCAGUCACUGGCUUUGAUCAAAUCUUCUCCAACACAGUGGCGGUAAAGAAGUGCUCGACAGGUACGCCGGUGAUCAGUUCUCGGAGAAUGCUGUCAUCCACCACCUUUUCACUUGUGGCGAUUGCCCUUCUGACUCCGCUUGUCCACACGCAGGCUACGCUUCCUCAGGUUGAUCUCGGCUAUGAAAUCCACCAGGCGAUCAGUUUCAACCAAACCGGACAGACGUACAACUUCUCAAAUAUACGUUAUGCGCAGCCGCCAAUAGGCAACCUUCGCUUUGCUGCUCCUGUGCCACCCAGUGGCCGAAACAAUGUGGUGCAGAACGGCAGCGUCGACAGAAUCUGUCCGCAAGCUAUUCCGGGAUGGUAUCCAAUCUCCUCCGAGUUCGUUCAGUAUCUCAUAGCAGGGAACGCGACCUCGUUCAAUUACACCCAGGCCGAGGAGCAACUUCAAAUUGCCUUGCAAAAUGCUAAGCCUACCCCACCAGAUCCACGGAUGUCUGAAGAUUGCCUGUUCUUGGAUGUGAUUGUGCCCAAAAAGGUCUUUGACGGCUCGAAAAGUAGAGUCAGAAGACGUCAAAAUGCGGGUGCUGCGGUGGUAGUCUGGAUCUACGGCGGCGGGUAUACUCUCGGAUCCAAAGAGGGGUCUGGAAACCCUAGUGGUCUCAUCAAGGCUAGUCAGGCCAACGGAGGUGAGGGUGUUAUCUUCGUGGCCAUGAACUACAGACUAGGCGCCAUGGGUUGGCUUGCAGGCCCUACCUUGCAGGCAGCCGGAGGAGUGUCUAAUGCAGGCCUUUAUGAUCAGCGUCUGGCUCUAGAAUGGGUGCAGAACAACAUCCAUUUGUUCGGUGGCGAUCCAAACCGGGUCACUGUCAUGGGCGAGUCGGCCGGAGGAGGAUCAAUCGUCCACCAGAUCACCGCCUUUGGGGGCCUGAAGGAAGUCCCUUUCCAGCAAGCCAUCUCGCAAUCACCCGGCUAUCUUCCGACGCCAUCAUAUUUCGUCCAGGAAAACGCCACGCAGUCGUUCCUGUCGCUUCUCAACGUCAGCACAAUCGAGGAGGCCAGACAAGCAUCCUCUGAGGCGGUAAUCAAAGCCAACGCACUGCAGGUGGGAGCCUCUCAGUAUGGUGGAUUUACCUACGGGCCAGUUGUUGAUGGGGUCUUUGUGCCCGCGCUUCCUGGUACUCUGCUCAAUGCAGGGGCAUUUGCAAAGAAUCUGAGCGUCAUGGUUUCACAUACACUCAGCGAGGGACCAUCUUUCACGCCACCCUACGUACAAACCGACGACCAGUUGGAGAACAUGAUAGUCAUGCUCAAUCCCGGCACACCUCCCGCGGCGGUUGACUACAUUGUCAAAACACUCUAUCCAGCUGUCUACGAUGGAAGCCAGCCUUAUAAGUCUCCCAUUGAGCGAACUAUCCUGUUCGUCACCGAAUCAUCCUUCACCUGCAACACCUACUUCCUCAACAAAGCUUACGGCAACAACACCUACUCGUAUCAAUUCGCAGUGCCGCCAGGCUUCCAUGGAUAUGAUGUGCCAUAUACCUUUUACAACGGCCAACCCACCAACCUCACGCAGGACCUGAUUGCCCCAGUGGCCAAAACCCUUCAAGCCUACCUCACGAACUUCAUCCUGUCGGGCAAUCCCAAUGGACAGGGACUGCCACCAUUCCCAAUGCAGGGUCAAAAUGCCAGUAUGAACUCGAUUUCGACUGUGGUGGCACGGGUUAAAGAUGAUACAUCAAACCAAAGAUGCGCGUGGUGGGAGAAGUCACUGAAUAAUUGA